AUGGUUUCAAACGUUGUAUUCUCUGGUGAAGCCGAAGCCAUACUCAAGAACGAUCCUGAAGAGUAAGAAAUGUUUAUAUUAUUGUAGAGAAAGACAAACUCAAAGCUGAAUUGAUCUAGGGUUAGCUUUAAGGUGGUACCGCACUAAUAAAGAAAUUGCAAAAAAAAUCUUUUCAGCUAUCUCUCAACGAAUGAAAAAAGAACAUUGGUACUAGAUGGAGAAAGCUUGACCCUAGAAGACCUCGUGGAUUGCUCUCGAGAUCUGGUCAGGAUCGAACUCUCCGAAGAAUCCAAACAAAGAGUUCGCGACUCCAGAAACUUUUUGCUCAAAAUCGCGAAAGAACACAAAAGUAAGCAUGAUACCUACAAUAACACACGUAGAAUGGCAUUAAAGGACCAGUAAUCUCAAAAUUUAUGUCUUAUCAUUCCACAACAAUUACAAUUUUCAGUUGUCUACGGCAUCACGACCGGUUUUGGGACUUUUGCCAAUGUAGCCAUCAACCCUGAAGACAUCAGGAAGCUGCAGAUGAAUCUCGUAAGAUCUCACGCUACUGGAUAUGGGCGAUAUCUAGAGCCAUCCAAAGCCAGAAUGUUGUUAGCGUUGAGGAUCAACGUCUUCGCCAAAGGACAUUCUGGAAUUUCGUUGGAAAAUGUAGAAAAACUUGUCAAUGCCUUCAACUGUAAGUGUUUGUAGUACAUUAUAUUCUACUAAAAGCCUUUAUGGUACUUUACAUUCAGCUAAGAAGCUUGAUGGUACUGUAAAUCCAGCUAUGAAUCUGAAUGAUACUGUAGAUUAUAAAAAAAGUAUUGUUUCAGCAUUCUGUGUAAGUUUUGUUCCACAGCAAGGUACCCUUGGCUGUAGUGGAGACUUGGCCCCAUUAGCACAUUUAGCUUUGGGAAUGUGUGGAGAAGGUCAGAUGUGGUCUCCCAAGACUGGAUGGGCCCCAGCAGCCGAAGUUCUAGAAGUCAAUGGACUAGAAAAGUUGGAAUUGGGGCCAAAAGAAGGGCUGGCCCUUAUCAAUGGUACUCAAAUGGUCACUGCUAUUGGAGCUAUGGGUAAGUUUUCGUGCUUUAUUAAUAUUAAUUUUGUGUUUUUGAUAAUAUUUUGGUUAAAUUCCAAUAUUUUACCUUGCUUUGUAAUUGAUGUUAUUAUUUCUUUGUUCCUUGUAUUAUCAUUUUACAUUUUUGAUUGUUUUAGCUACUGUGAGAGCCGAAAACCUGGCCAAACAAGCAGAUGUAAUUGCCGCUUUGACAUUGGACGUACUUAAAGGGACCUCACGCGCUUACAAUGCUAGUGAGUUCUUCAAAAUAAUAAUAAACGUAAAAUAAUCUUUAAAAAAUGAUCUACCUCAAUAUCCUACAACAUUUUUUGAACUCGUUACUUCAACACCAAUACGUUAUCUCCAUUAACAUCCUCUUCUUUCAGACAUCCAUCGAGUCCGUCCCCACAAAGGCCAGAACCUUGUAGCCAGCCGUCUUCGUGCUUUGUCGCAUUCUGAAAGAAACCGUUCUGAGAUUGCUGAAUCCCACAGAAACUGCGGCAAAGUUCAAGAUGCCUACACGCUGAGAUGUGUUCCUCAAGUCCACGGUAUCUCUCACGACACUAUCGAAUUUGCCAAGAACGUGCUUACCACAGAAAUCAACUCGGCCACAGACAAUCCUUUGAUCUUUGCCGACGAAGAGGAAAUCAUCUCCGGAGGCAACUUCCAUGGUGAAUAUCCAGCCAAAGUCCUCGAUUACUUGGCGAUUGGAGUCCAAGAACUUGGACAAAUCAGUGAACGGCGACUGGAACGGUUGGUUAACAAGGAAUUGAGCGGACUUCCAACGUUCUUGACCAAAAACGGUGGUCUCAACUCAGGAUUCAUGACUAUUCAAUACUGCGCGACAUCUCUGGUUUCUGAAAACAAAGUUUUGUGCCAUCCAUCGUCUGCUGACAGUAUUCCAACCAGCUGCAAUCAGGAAGAUCACGUUUCAAUGGGCGGAUUCUCGGCGAGAAAAGCUCUGAAAGUUGUGGAACAUACUGAAGCAGGUAAGAAUAUAGGAACUAGUGGAAAAGCCUUUCAGUUACCUCGUUUUAGUAAAAUACAACAAUUAUAAAGUUUGGUAGUAAGGAAAAGUUAUUAUACUGCUUUUUCGUCGGUCAGAACGAGCAGUAUAAUAUACGUUUCCUAACUACUUUUACUAAAACCUUAACUUCAAUUAUAAAUUAUAAUUACAAAACAAAAAAAAUUGAAAACUUACAGUCCUCGCCAUGGAAUUACUAUGUGCUUGUCAAGGAAUGGAGUUCCUAAAGCCUCUGACAUCAACUCCACCAUUGCAGAAGGUUUACGAUCUCGUCAGAACUGUGUCUCCGUAAGUUACUAUCCGUCCAUCUCCAAUACGGACCAUAUCCAAUACAAUCCAUAUUCAAUACCAUCCAUAUCCAGUAGCGAGAUAUCUUACACGAUCUCCCAUUGUUUAUACCUAAAAUUAUAUUAUUAGUUAAACAAAAUUAAAUUAACCAUAAACCCUUACAGACCAUUAGAAGAAGACCGUUACAUGCAUCCGGAGAUUCAGCAGGUCAUAAAGCUGGUUCGUGAAAACAAGGUAUGGGAAGUUGUGGCUCCUCACCUGGAAAAAAUGAACGAGUUAGAGCAAACGAAUCCCGAUGCUCUUCGUCAAGAGUGCGCUUCCCCAACUGGAGGCACUUUCACGGCUAAAGGCUUCGAAGAAGCUCUGUAA